AUGCUGUGCCAUCGCUGGGCUAUGAGAUGGGGUGGCCUCACACGUGCCCCUCUGACUGGGCGCUGGCCAUUUGCCUCUGCUGCGCAGCUGUCUGCAGUUGAGCUGCACGCCGUCCAAGCCUUUCGACGCCGCGCCGUGGUGGAUCUCACCCGGGCCUUGGAGGCGUCCGGCACGGGCGUUCCGCAGCUCAGUGAAAAGCUGCGAAACAUCGCUAGCGAAGAGGUGACCACUGCGUUGGGUGAGACCUCAGGCUCAAAGGCUGGAUGCGGAAACAGAUCUUAUGAGCUUUGUGCCUGGUGGAAGAUUUUGGCUCCACUGCUGGGCACGUCUUGGGCGGUGCAUCGCUCAGUAGCCGUCAUGAGGCCCCCAGUCACAGCCCUGGCUGGCCUGGCUGCGCUGCUGCCAUGCUUGGAGGCUCUUCCGAAGGCAAAUAGCGGCCUCACUACACUGGAGCAGGAAGAAUUGGCUUUUAUGAAGAGUUCCUUGAAGCGUGAGAUGGAUGAUGCCUCCGACCCUGUGCAUGAUAGCUUGCACGGGCAAGAGAAGGCCAUCCGGAAAGCGUACAGAAAUAUUGCCCGUAGAUUCAAGCGCAAUAUCUUUGAUGAUCAGGUGAAGUUUGAGUUCCAGAUGCGCGUCUUGAAUCUAGCAAAGGAAGCCCUGAUGAAGGGCGAUGGUCUGGGUGCAGAAGGAUGGGCUGAUGAAGAUGAAGACGAGGAUGAGAAUGCCACUAAAGGUCCUGGCAGAGAACUGCCCGGAGGGAGUCGAUCUAGCGAUGAUAUCUCGAAGCAAAUCCACGGCUGGCAGGAGUUUGCGCUGGAGGAAGGGAUUAGGUUUGAUGAUCCGGACAAGGCCUUCUUCAUUGGUCACACGCAGCAUGGCUAUCGGGAUGCCUUCGCGGGCAACUGGAGUCAAUUUCUCCGGGAGGAACUCUCGGACCUCUGGCCGGCGGCCUCCGGAUUACGGUACCAAGUGGAGCUGGACGGCAGCGCCAGUAGUGAAGCCCGCGCCCACUCUCUGCGCCUGGCAGAACAGGCCCGGCAGCUGGCGCGCGAGGCCCUGGCCGAGGUGGCGGGAUUUCUACAUCGCUGUGGUGGUCGGGAUCCUCCCCUGGCCGGGCCUGUGCCGGAGAGUGGAAACACAGCAGCCUGGGUAGACGUGCACUUGAAGGUGUCUCGGAAUCUCCGCACCUUAUUCGCCGGGCAUUCCACAGCGCUUGAGUCUUGUGCCAUGGGGGCUGAUAGAGAGACCCGUGCUGCCCUACUGGAGCUGAACCUGGAAUCCCUGGAGCGCCUCAGCAGUGGUGACGGCCUGGGCCGCGUGGACGUCCAGCAGGAGCUGCGGAACGCACACAGCGCGGCCAUGGCGGCCAGGGCCAUGGCCGUGCCGUUGCAUUGCCAGGAGUCUGCCAACUUGAAGCGAACAGCGCUGGAACGGCUCUGGGAGGAGUAUCACUUUGGGCCCUUGGUGGAAGAGGCAUACCCCUGCGAUGCAUGUGGCCUUCAAGGUCUGUCCAUGUUUCUGGAAUUCCACAUCGGCCGAAAUGGAGAGUUGUUGGUCCGACGUGCUGAACCUGACAGAACUGUGCUGCGUGGGCUUCGAGGGCUCCUGAACCUUCAACAUGUUCUUGCCAGACCAGCCUACAUGUCCUCUGGAGCCAGCUCCAGUGACGAUGAGGCCCCUCAGCACUCCAGCGCCAGUUGGCGCGAGGCGGUAAGCGACGUCGAAGAAGCAGUUUGGAAAGGCAUCGCCUUCCCUGAGCUUCACACGGCUGCGGGGCAGCUGAUGGCGGAAUUGGCCAAGAAGGGCUUCCAACCGGAGAUCAUUGGGGCCAUGAUGGAGCAUCCGCCCGUGGCGGGUGCGGCGGGGAGCACCUUGCCCCAGGGCCGUGAACCGUCGGAUGUGCAAGCGCCAAGGGAGCCACGCUUCCAGGGCAUGAGCAUACCUGGAUACAACAUGAAACCAGUUCAGAGAUACGAAGAGCGUGCGCUGCGAAUGUGGGGUGAUGAAGAAAUCGAAGAGCACUGGGAUCCAGUUCGACUGGGCCUCUCGUACAUUGAUCUCACCUCUGCGUGUGAUCUGCCACUCCAAGUUGCCAUGUCUUUCCUGAGCGCCGCCCUGUGGAUGUGGAGAGCUCUGGAGUUGCUGGGCGACAACUGCGGUGGCGAUGCUUGGCUGGACAUGUACAUCUUCGAAGAUAUUUGGGCAGCGCCACCAGCCUCCAAACGCCUGGCCAUGCAGUAUAGCUUGAAACGAGCCAUUUUCGAAUUGGUGGACUAUGCCGGGAACAUGGCGCAACAUCAACUCCUACCUGGAGCAAGGUUAGCAGUGCAGCGCAUCAGCUAUUUGUUGCUGCGCAAAGUCACGGAUCGCUUCGGCACAGAGGAGGACGGACAAAAAGUCAAGGCUCAGCUGAAGCGCUUCUUCGCUGCUGCGCGAGUGAAUCCCCUGUGGUCUCCGCCUCUGUUGCCAGUGGCAGAUGCGGUCUUCAUCGAUAUUUUAUCAGGUCGGCUCCACUCAGCCUUCCUGGAAAAGCUUCACGAGUCCGAAACAAAACACGUCUUGCCAUAUGCGGUGCCGGAAUACACGCUCUACGAAGCUGCGUUACUGGGAGGUAGUGAUGUCAACGUCACCUUUGCUCGCUAUGAUGUCAUGGGUGCACUCUUGCAGGAUACACACAGAUCCUGGGCAGAUGUAGAAGCCGUUCUGCAGGCUGGUCACAUCUUUCCCCAAGAUGCUUUUGGUUUUGUCUUCGGCCGCAGAGCCGACCCCCUGCCCUUGAUGGCGGACUUCGCGGCGGUGCGUGGUUUGCGAAUCGACCUAGCCACGGGGCACGCCAGCCUACUGUUGGCGCGGCCAUCGGCGAUGGCGCCGCCGCUCUUUUCCUUGGAGGAUGUUGCUGCGGUGAUGGCUCUGAAGGAUACUGAACCGCUUGCAUUGAUGCUGGAUCCUCCUGCACAGAAGGGAGCCGGAAUGCCGGAAUACCCGCAUCAUCCUUUUCAACGUGCGAGCGUAAGUCCUACAGAUGGAGGGCUUCGGGUUGAGGAGACAUUGCUCCAAGCAGCCCUGGCUGUGCAGCAGUUGGCAUCUGGCACAGAGGUAUCCUUUCGACCUCCCUUUCCGACGCGGCCAUGUGAAGAUGGCCUAUGUCGAUCGCUGCCCAAAGCCAUACGAGAAAAGCUGCAGCCCAUUCGAAGCCUCCGCACUGAGGCUUGGGACGUGCCCUCCAGGCUGGUUCUUGAAUGUCCACGUAUUCCGUAUUGGCAGGAGCCAUCAGGGAACGUGAUGGAUAUACGGUUCGGAGAUCCACGACUGGAGGUCCAUGCGGGACAGCCACUGCGCGAACUGAAUGAAGAGGAGUUCAAGAAAUGGCCCGUGGGUCGGCUGCAAGCAGCCUUGAAUCAGGUGGAGAAGGAGCUGGGCAGCAACCGACAGGCGGAGUUGCCAGCGCUGGAAAAGCAGGAGCUGGUGGAUCGCUUGCUGCGAGCUGCUGAGAGAGGCUUACUGAUUGAAGAUGAUGAGGAAACAGGAGAGCCAUUGGUGCGCUUCUCCCGUCGUUUGACUCAUCACCUCCAGGACAUUGGAGCUGAAUGGCCACAUCUUGCACGCAUGGUCCCAUUCUGCGCCCUGAGAGCAGCUGGACUGAUUCUGCGGAUGCAACUGCAGCAGAUGAACCAAUCUGCAAGCGAGCAACAGGAGGGAUUAAAGCAAGCCUCCGAGCAGCAUGCGAAAGGAAUGCAGCAGCAGCAGGAGGAAGGAUGGAGAGGUGUGCUGGCGGAGGUGCAUGCAGGCGUCCUCCGUCAGCAGGGUUUCGUGAACUUGGACCCCAUGAAGUGCUUCGAGGACGCGAGCGGCCGCAGCUUUGGGCGCUGCUGCAGCGUGGGGGACUACGCUGAGGAAUGUUGGAAUGGCAGAGGUGCCCAGCGAGAGAGAUGUUGCCGUGGAGAAACCCGACAGAAGGUGGAUCAGCAUCUCUUGACCUCCGUGGCCGCCCAGUUGGGCAGUGUCUCCAGCCGUCGUCCUCCACCAGAGCUGCUGAUCCCAGCGGUAGAGGCCUGGCUGCGGAACCCUGCCGGAGGCACGGGAGGUACCAACAGCAUGGCGUUGAUCUCGCUGUUGGUGGAGGAGGUGAACCCGGAGGAGUUGAUGAAACAGCAAGGUCAUCAUGUAAAUGCCCCCGUUCAGAAGCUCUUUGCUGACCUGGAUGCCUUGAGUCCAACAGCAGGCAUCAAGGGCUUGGUCUCCAGCGGCCAAGCCGGGUCCGAGACCUGGCUGCCGGUGCCCGCCCUGUCGGCCUCGGGCGGCCGCCGGGCGCUCUACGGCACCGUGGCGCUGUCCCCGCAGCUGGUGCACCUGGAGCCGGACGAGGCGCAGGCAGCCAGGGAACAUCUGCAGAAACACUACCCGGGCACCUGGGUCCAUGUGCCCAUGGAGAAUUUAUCCCACCAAGUACUUCAGAAGGAUGCGGCAAAGAGAGCUGCCCUGCAAGCACAGCAAUCUCCGAAUCUGCGUGCCAUUUAUGAAGCCACGCAACUCAUUAACCUUCUGGAUGAACGGACAGAAGAUUUAGAAGCUGGCAAGGUGCCAACGGCAAGCAGAGCAGUUGCUCAGAUCUCGGAAUGCCUCACAGGUUGGCGUGAACUGAACGCGCAGGAGAUCCAGCAGCUGAAGCGAGGCAGUCACCUGCAACUGCGGCGCAAGCAGUCGGAGGAGCCCAUUGAGGUGCGGAUGGAAGUGAAGCUUCUGACCACUGGAGAGCCAAGUAGUCAAUACCUCAUUUGGGAAGUUUCCACGGUUGGCACUUCCGAACUUCAGUAUUUCGACCUCCUGCAGACCGAUCUGGCAGUGAGCGCGCCAUGCAACGUGUCGCGGCCACGGGAACCGAAUCCCUCCAACGCGUCGGAGAGCGCGGCCAGUGCCGCAUCCGAUGGACCAGAGGCAUCUGAAGGGUCUGAGGACUUUACAGAGGUGCCACGCAGUGAGACAACAGAAUGGCCAGGAUGUAUUGAAGCGGGUAUCUCCAGGUCAUUGGAAGGCAGAGGUUUAUUUGUGAAUCUGGGAGCUUUGGGAAUUGAGCGCGGCUGCUUCCAAGACGAUUGCUCGCAUUCAGAUCACUUUGAAGCAGUAACUCCAGCGGAAUGUGCCAAGAUCUGCAAGAAGAUUUCAGCGUGCCGGCAAUGGAUUUUUUGGGAAGGCAACCCCUCCACCUGUUGGCUGCGGCACAGCUUGUCCCGACGAGGAAGCGCAGGUGGAGCUCUGUCAGGUUCCUCUGCGUGCGUGCCACCGGAUGAAGAUGAUGGCCCUGCCGAGCCAAACCUUUUCUCCUUGAUCACCAGCAAGAGUGGUACCGUUCCUCCGGCCUUGUGGCACGAGAGAGACCUCAUAGGAACCUUGGAGGAGUUUGGUCACCUGACGCUGGCUGAGAUCAAGCAGAAACCGUCCUCCAUGCGUCAGCGCACCGCCUUGCGCGCUGCCGCGGAGGCCAGUGCGACCUACCGCAGCGGUGACGCAUGGCUGUCCAGGUGACGGUGAUCUUCACGAGGUGCUGACGUCGGUCUCAGAAAAACGUGGCUGCAACGAGGUGGGCAAAACGUCACGGCGAUGUGAUGAUCACAGCGUGGUGGACCGGAGCUGGAUGGGGCCCGGGGAUGCUGAUGGAACCUGCUGAUGAAGAGCUGGUGAAGAGCUAAAAACCUGAGGGGCCAGGGAGUAGUUGAGAUGCCACCAAGAGAAGGUUCAGAUGGACCGGACAUGCGGGGCAAAGUUCUCCACAGGGAUGCUGCGAGUUUGCAGAAAGAGUAAGGUGGAGUUAAUGGUAAAAAUGUUAAAAA